CUGUAUAACAUGUUUCCUUUCCUGGGCUUCUUCCUGUCCGAUCACAAGAAGGUUCAUAGAAAUGGAAUAAUGCUGCAGGGGUACUUCAGAAACACAUAUAGGGAUCGUAAAGACACUGUGGACAGCAGUGACCUGAGGAGCUUCAUCGACACGUUCAUCUCCAGGCAGAGAGAAGAGGAGGCCAGAAACUCCAACAAGUAUUUCCACGAGGAAAACAUGGCUGCCACCGUGGGGAACCUGUUUGCUGCAGGGACUGAGACCACCUCUACCACCCUACGCUGGGGGCUGCUGCUCAUGAUGAAGUACCCACACAUUCAGG